AUGGGUCGUUUACUUGGACUAGAAUUAAAUAAUUUCAAAUCUUAUAAAGGUGUUGUCAAUGUUGGAUUUGGAGAAUCUAAUUUUACCAGUAUCAUUGGCCCUAAUGGUUCUGGUAAAUCUAAUAUGAUGGAUGCUAUUUCAUUUGUAUUAGGUGUUCAGAGUAGUCAUUUAAGAUCUAACGUUUUGAAGGAUCUAAUAUACAGAGGAUUUUUAUCGGGUGAUGAUGAGGACAACAACAAUGAAGAUGUCAAUCCUAAUUCUGCCUAUGUCAAGGCAUUUUAUCAGAAGGAGGAUGUGACCCAUGAACUGAUGAGAAGUAUUUCUAAUUCCGGUGAUUCUACUUAUAAGAUUAACAACAAAACUGUCAGUUAUAAACAAUAUACAUCAUUUCUUGAAGAUGAAAACAUUUUAAUAAAGGCCAAAAAUUUCUUAGUGUUUCAAGGUGAUGUAGAACAAAUAGCAUCACAAUCUACAACCGAUUUGACAAAAUUGUUUGAAGAAGUUUCAGGUUCAAUUCAAUAUAAGAAGGAAUAUGAGGAAUUAAAAGAGAAAGUUGAAAAAUUGAGCCAAUCUACUGCUGAAUCUAUCAAGAAUAGAAGAAGAAUCAAUAAUGAAAUCAAAGUCUAUAAAGAUGGUAUCACUAAGGAUGAGAAAUAUAAAGCUCAAUUAGAGAAACGUAGGAAUCUAUUGGUCUAUUCCUCACUAUGGCAAUUGUAUCAUUUAGAUGAGAAAAAGUCUCAAUCAAAAAAUAAACUAAAGGAGGCAAAAUCAAAAGUUUCAAAAUUGAAAGAAAAACUGGCCAAUGAAGAAAAAAUAUUACAAAAAGCUAAGAACUCUAUCGUUAAAGAUACUGCAGCCAUAACGAAGUAUAAAAACAAAUUGGAAUACAGAUCUAAGGAAAAAGAAAAAUUAGCUUCACAAUUAAUCCCAAUUAAAGUUUCACAACGUAAUACUACUAAAAAAAUUUCAAAUAUUGAAAGGAGAAUAGAAGGUAUCGAAAGGGAUAUAGAAAGACAAAAAAGCUAUGUCGAGAGAUAUGAGUCCCAAUUGAAAGUUGUUACAAAAUCGAAAGAAUCAUUUGAAUUGGAAAUUAAAGAAUCAGCCAAGAAUUUUGAUAAAUACCGCCUUAGUGAUGAAGAUUUAGUUACAUAUGAUGCGUUAAGUGAAAAAUAUCUAAGUAGUGGAGGUUUCGAUAUCGAUACAAAAAUUUCCUUACUUAAUAAUGAUAAACAAGAGACAAGUGAUGAAGUUGCCAUGUUUAAGAAUAGAAUCGAGCUUGCAAAAUCCAAGAUUGCCGAUGACUUAGUUCUUCAGGGUGAAAGACUAGAAUUAGAAAUAUCCGAAUUGACAUCUUCCUUAAAUGAAAAGAAUUCGUUACAUUCACAAAAAGUUAGUGAAUUAAAAACUUUACAGGGUGAAAUUGAAUCUACAAGUAAUAAGGAAUAUGACUUAAACUACAAAUUAAGAGAAACACUGGUAAAACUUGAUGACUUAAGUGCAAGCCAAAGGGAAUCUACCAAUGAAAGAAAAUUAAGGGAAAAUGUUUCAAUGUUAAGGAGACUGUUCCCUGGUGUCAGAGGUUUGGUUAGUGAUCUUUGUCAACCAAAGAAAGAAAAAUAUGCCCUUGCAGUAUCAACUAUACUCGGUAAAAAUUUUGAUUCUAUUAUUACUGAUAACAUUUCAGUUGCACAAGAAUGUAUUGCGUAUCUUAAGAAGCAACGUGCAGGUGUCGCCUCAUUUAUUCCUCUGGAAUCUAUCGAAUCUGAAGUUCCUACAUUACCAUUCUCCGAUGGCCAAGGCUGUAUUUUAACAAUAAAUGCCAUCGAAUAUGAACCCGAAUAUGAAAGAGCAAUGCAGUAUGUAUGUUCAGAUUCUAUUAUUUGUGAUACCCUAACUAUUGCUAAGGACCUAAAAUGGAAGCAUAAUGUAAAAUCGAAGCUGGUUACAUUAGAAGGCGCAUUAAUACAUAAAGCUGGUUUAAUGACAGGUGGUAUUUUAAGAGAUGCUACAAAUAGAUGGGAUAAAGAAGAAUUUCAAAGUUUAACUGUUUUGAAAGAUAAGUUGCUUUCACAAAUAGAAGAACUAUCAACUUCCAGCAAAUCAUUUGCAAUUAAAGGAAGAGAUUUAGAAAGUACAAUUUCAUUAUUGAAUACUGAUAUAACUAGUUUAAGAUCAGAGUUUACUCAAUUGAAUAGAGCUCUCGAGGAGAACAAAGUUGAAAUUCAAUACCAAACAGAUAUGAUCGAUAAAGAGUUUGGGCCUAAACUAGACGCAUUGAAUGAUAAAAUUAAGGUUUAUGAUGAAGAAAUUUCACAGUUUGAAAACAAGAAAGAGGACUUACAAGGGGAAAUAUUCAAAGAAUUUACUAAUCGACUAGGUUUUACUAUCAAAGAAUAUGAAGAACAUUCAGGUGAAAUUAGAAGAAAGCAAGCAAAAGAACUUCAACAACUUCAAAGGCAAAUAUUAAAUAUUGAAAAUAAGUUACAAUUUGAACAAGAAAGGCUGGCUUCUACAGAAAAGAGAUUUGAAAAAGGUCAAAGUGAGUUACAGAAAACUAAAAUCAGUUUGGACUCAUUAGAAACUGAAGAAUCUGAACUUCAAACCCAAAUCGAAGAAAUAGAUAAUGAAUUGGAAACCCAACGUACCGAGAUCGAUGAGAUGCAAAAAGCUUUAGACUCAAAGCUGAAAGAUAUUAGUUUUAUAGAAGAUUCAUUGAAUGAAGUUUCAAAUAGUUUAGAAAUAUCUAAGAGAGAGAAACUCGGGUUCAAUGACGAUAUUGAAAAGGUUGACUUGGAGAAAAUUGGUAUCUACAAAAACUGUAAAAUAUCAGGUAUAGAAUUACCCAUAACAUCGGCAAUUACAUUGGAGAACUUGCCAAAUGAUAAGAUCGAUAACGACACUAUCCUAAUAUCCAAUGAGAUUGAAGUAGACUAUGACGAAUUACCGGCUGAAUACAAAGAGAGCGGUAAUGAAGCUGUUGGUCAAAAAAUCGAGAAAGAGAUCAAAGAUGCUGAAGAAAAAUUAAUGGAAUUACAGCCAAAUUCAAAAGCUGUUGAAAGGUACGACGAAGCUAAGGAUAAAUUUGAUGAGAUUGACAAAGAGACUGAAGGGUUAAAGAAGAAAGAAAGAAAGUUACUAACACAAUUUGUAAAUAUCAAGAAAAAGAGAAAAGAAUUAUUUGAAAAGGCAUUUGAAUAUGUUAACGAACACAUAGAUCCUAUUUACAGGGAAUUAACUAAAAAUCCAAACUCAUCGGUAGAGUUAGCCGGUGGUAACGCUUCGUUAACCUUAGAAGAUGAAGAUGAACCAUAUAAUGGAGGUGUUAAAUACCACGCCACACCACCAUUGAAAAGAUUUAAAGAUAUGGAAUAUUUAUCAGGAGGUGAAAAAACGGUAGCUGCAUUGGCGUUAUUAUUUGCAAUCAAUUCAUAUCAACCAAGUCCAUUUUUUGUACUUGACGAAAUUGAUGCGGCAUUAGAUAUUACAAAUGUAGAAAGGAUAGCAACUUAUAUUCAAAGACAUGGUAACCCAGAAUUACAAUUCAUUGUUAUCUCUUUAAAGAAUUCGAUGUUUGAGAAAUCCGAAGCCCUUGUAGGAAUAUACAGACAUCAAAAGGAAAACUCUUCAAGAAUCAUAACACUAAAUCUAACAAAUUACGUCAACUGA